AUGGCGUCGCCGAGGCUACGAUCCAAUGGUAUUGCGUCAAUUAUGAGGGAGGACGGCUCGGUUGUGACGGAACAGGUGGAGGUUGCUAAUACCUUCUAUCAGUUUUUUGCUCAGAAAUGGAAGGGAACGGACAUUGUGGAUCAGGGCUGGCCAUCACUUACCUGUUAUCGGGACUCUAUUAUUCGAUUCACUGGGAUUUUGGAGAGUGAUGUCUCGGAGGAAGAAAUUCUGAGUGCUACAAAAUCUUUGGGACAGAACAAAGCUCCGGGGCGGGAUGGUAUCACUGCCUCCUUCUUCAAAUCGUAUUGGGACAUUGUGGGGGAGCAGGUGGACAUGGAACAGGCGUACGACAAGAUGAGUUGGCAAACCCUGGAAUUGGUAAUGGAGAGGAUGGGCUUUUCCGCCAGCUUUCAAAUUGGAUUAAUGCGGAGUGUGGUUUUUGCCAAGGGUAGGGUGUCCGCUGUCACCAUACCUGUUUAUCCUCUGCUCGAAAUUGCUGUCUGCCCAUUUCAAACAAAACUUCAGAGAGAUGGGAGUUCCGAUCAGCCCGGGGGUACUCCUGUCUCCCACCUCCUAUAUGCUGUCGAUAUUCUUUUUUUUACAGGUGCUACCAUGAUAAAUGCUCGGACGACCAUGUCAAUCCUGACGGAUUACUGCUCUUGGACUGGGCAAAGAGUUAACCGGAGUAAGUCUACGGUUCUCUUCAGCCGAUGGACCCCGACCGCUACAAAGACACGAAUGACUAGGAUUCUUGGUUGCUGUAAGGUUACGAAGUUGGAUUACUUGGGGCUAAAGCUAGCGAUGAGGAGGCUCACCAAGGUUGAUUUUGCCCUAUUGAUCCAGAGGGCACGGGAGCAUACACUUAAUUGGGGAAUCAGGCACCUUUCUAUGGCGGGGCGGAUAACAUUGAUCAAUUAUGUACUGCUGCCUUCAUCGGUCUUCCUCAUGACUCAUACUAUCAUUCCCAAAGCGGUCCUCAAUGAUAUGGAGAGAUUAUGUCGGAGCUUUCUGCGGGACAGGGACUCUGAACAUAAGGGUAUGCACUACGUCGCAUGGGAAAAGGUGGCUCGGCCUAGACGGAAUGGCGGGCUUGGUUUCCAUGUUUGUGCCCGCUGGACUGGAGCUCUCCGGGCACGGGUGGCCUGGAACAUCAUUGGCAAUCCUGAGGGGUUGCUACAAAGAUGCCUGAAACAUAAAUAUGGGGAUGAAUUGAGGGAUUUAAAUCCCCCUAGGGGACACUCUAGCAACUCAAUAGAUAGAGCCAUUUCUUUGUGGCCUACUUUCUGUGAUAUCUCGGCUAUUGAAAAUCUUAGAGUCUCUGAUUUCUUGCGGGAAGGUGGCAGCUGGGACUUGCCGAAGCUGCGGUCCUGCUUCGGAGAACUGCUUAUGGACAAUAUUACUACCAUUCCUAUUGGAGAGGGAACGGGGAAGGAUUGUAUGGAGCUAAUCAAGACCGCCUUAGACUCUACAAUUUCGGCUAUCGUCUAA